AUGGAGCUCUCGCCACGCCGACUCUUGUGCCUGACGCUCUCGGCAUGCUUCUUUGCACCCACAACUGCUGUCGAGGGCUUCCGAAAACCUACUGUUGACUUCACUGCCGGUAGUGGUAGCUCUCUGCUCGCCACCAGCUCUUCGCCCGCCAACAUCCAUGUUGAUGCAGCAGACUGGCCUGGUGUCCUGCGCGCGGCGUACGACCUCGCCCUCGAUUUUGGACGAGUGACCAAGGUCAACGGUACCUUGACCGCGACUGGAACAGCCAUGGCCAGUGCUUCAGUGAUUUUCAACGUUACUGGUAUCAGCAAGGACUGGAGCACAGGCACGAGCGCAAACGGUACCAGUGGCACCCCGAUCAUCGUGGGCACAAUUGGCAACUCGAGCUUGAUCGAUGGCCUGAUUGCGAGUGGCAAGCUUGAUGUCAGCGAGAUCGAAGGACAGUGGGAAGCAUACGUCAGCGCGCUUGUGCAGAACCCUCUCAAUGGAACCGAUCGUGCACUCGUCAUUGCUGGAAGCGAUCGCCGAGGUGCGAUCUACGGAAUCUACGAUGUCUCCGAACAGAUCGGUGUCUCUCCAUGGUACUGGUUCGCAGACGUGCCUGCUAAGAGCCACGCUGAAGUCUAUGCUCGCAACACUGUAAAGGUGCAGAAGACUCCUUCCGUCAAAUAUCGCGGUUUCUUCAUCAACGAUGAGGCGCCUGCACUGACUGGAUGGGCGAACACCAGGUACCCCAAGUACGGUGGCAACAGCCCCUUCGGAGCCGAGUUUUACGCCAACGUCUUUGAGCUGCUGCUCAGGUCAAGGGCUAACUAUCUUUGGCCAGCUAUGUGGAAUGGUAUGUUCAACGUCGAUGACCCGCGCAACCAGCCGCUCGCAGAUGAAUACGCUAUCGUUAUGGGAACAUCGCACACUGAACCUAUGGUGCGAGCUACUGCCGAGUGGAGUAAGGUUGCCAAAGGUAGUGAAUCUGGUUGGCAGUGGGCUACCAACAACGCGACUCUGUACAACUACUUCUAUGAAGGCGCUCAACGUGCUGCACCUUACGAGAAUGUUGUCACUGUUGGAAUGAGAGGCUACCACGACACGGCGAUGUCUGCUGACGUUCAGACGAGUGUGCUAGAAGCCGUUGUGGAGGCACAGCAAGACAUUCUCAACAAGGUUCAUGGCAAUGCUUCGGAGGUACCUCAGAUGUGGUGUCUAUACAAGGAGGUUCAGGACUACUUCGAGGCCGGCAUGAAGGUUCCCGACUACGUUACCCUUCUCUGGACGGAGGAUAACUUCCAAAACAUCCGAAGAUUGCCUGUCGGUGACGAGAAGAAGAGAUCUGGUGGAGCUGGUGUCUACUACCACUUCGACUAUGUCGGUGACUCGCGCAGCUACAAGUGGAUCGACACCAUCCAGCUACAAAAGACUUAUGAGCAGAUGCGCCUGGCCAAGGACCGGGAUGCAGAUAGAAUUUGGAUUGUUAACGUUGGCGACAUCAAGCCUAGCGAGAUUGCCAUCAGCCACUGGUUCGAUAUUGCCUACGACAUCGACGCGUACGAUGAGACAUCCGUACCACAGUGGACGGUAGACUUCGCCGCACGCAACUUCGGUGACGAGCAUGCUCAGACAAUUUCCGACAUUCUGGACGAGUACGGCUUGCUUGCAAACAUGCGCAAGUUUGAGUGGGUCGAGCCCUCCUCGUACAGUAUUCUCAACUAUGAAGAGGCUGAUCGCAUUCUCGCGCAAUGGGAAAAUAUCGCCAAGAAAGCACAAGAUAUCUAUGAUGCCCUUCCCACAGAGCUGCAGCCCGCUUUCUACGAGAUAGUCCUCCACCGCGUCUUGGCUGGCGGUAACUUUGUGGACGUGCAAGUCUCCGGGGCCAGGAAUAUCGCCUACAGCGGCAUGGGCAGGACCAGUGCCAACAGGUGGAUGCAGCGCGUUAUUGAUGGCAUGAAGAAAGACCACAACCUUACACAGCGCUACCACAAGCUUCUCAACGGCAAGUGGCACCACAUGCUGGACCAGACCCAUCUGGGAUACCAGGGAUACUGGCAGCAGCCUAUGCGCCAGUCCACGCCGUUCCUUCGUUGGGUACAGACUUGGGAAAGGAGCCUUGCUGGAGAUCUCGGCGUCGCCGUUGAAGGUAGCAAUGCUACUAUUCCAGGUGAUGACAUCUGGCACGUGAACGGUGGUGGCUCCUUGAACCUGCCCAAUAUCACACCCUUCACCCCGAAGCGCUGGCUAGAGAUUGCCUCCGUAGGCACCCAGCCCUUUGACUGGAACAUCACAGCUGAGCCUUUCAUCAAGCUUUCUCAGACAUCCGGAACCAUGCAACCAGAUGGCGAGGACGUCCGCGUCUACGUCGAGGUCGACUUCUCCCAAGUCCCUGCAGGCUUCGGCCAGAAGAGCACCCUAAACAUUUCCUCCAGCACCGAUUACGGCACACAGUACGGCAUGCCACAGGUCAUUGUGCAGGUCAAUAAGACCUCGAUACCUUCCAACUUUAGCGCCGGCUUCGUCGAGUCCGCCGGUCAGCUCGCCUUCGAAGCAGAGCACUAUACGCGCCUUACGCCCAAGGGCAACCUGUCUUUAGCUACACUGCCCAAGUACGGCCGCACCCUUUCUGCCAUCAAGCUUAAUAAUUCUCUCGCCGAAGGUCUGACGUCGGCAACUGCGCCCGCAAUCGAAUACGACUUCCUGACCUUCACCCCCACCACGUCCGCAAGAGGACUAAAUGUAACCCUCAUUCUAUCUCCCAGUCUAAACAUCGACCCCAAGAAGCCGCUCGCCUACAUCACGCAGAUCGACGAUAUGCCGGAGCAGCGCCGCCAGUACGUGAUCGACCAGCCGCAGCCCAACUUCCCUGUCGGAUGGGGCACGGCUGUUGCGCAGAAUGCGUGGUACAACACUACGAACUUUGGCGCUGUUGCUCCAGGGACACAUACCCUCAAGGUUUGGCUUGUCGAGGCGAAUGUCAUUCUGCAGAAGGUUGUGCUGGAUCUGGGGGGCGUAGUGUAUAGUCACAAUGGGCCGCCGGAGAGUUACAGGCUUGGGAGUGGGAGCUCUAUUACGGGGCACUAG